AUGACACGAGAGAGCAUCAGAACGCGCAUUCUCAUUCUGUCAGACACGCACGCGGCUCUACCUCAAGGACAAGCACCUCAAUCAGAACCUCGAUCAAGGUCUCAUCCUGAACGCCAAUAUGAACCUCAACCUCAAGAUGCUGAUACUGUCGGGACGCCCUUCCGUCAGCCUCUCCCUUCCGCAGACGUCCUUCUACACUGCGGCGACCUGACCAUGAACGGCUCGGUCGAGCAGCACAAGCGGGCCAUCCAGCUCCUCUCCUCCGUGGACGCGGACCUGAAGAUCGUGAUCCCAGGCAACCACGACAUCACGCUCGACCGGCCCUACUACGCCCAAUACCCGACCCUGCACGGCCCGCGGCCCCCGUACUCGGCGCAGACGCUCGACAUGAUCCGCGACAUGUACGUCGGCCAGGAGGCGCGAGACGCCGGCAUCCGCUAUCUCGAGGAGGGCGUGGGCGCGUUCACGCUCCGGAACGGCGCGCGGCUGACCGUCUAUGCGAGCGCGUAUCAGCCCGAGUUCUGGAAUUGGGCGUUUGGUUAUGAGAGGGGAGGAGCCGAUCGGUUUAAUUGGGAUUCCGGUUCGGACUCGGACUUGGAUUCAAAGUCGUAUUCGCAUGCGGAUCCUGGGCAUGAGGUUGAGGUAGGCCAAGGAAAAGGCAAAGGUAGUGUUGCUAAGCAGCGGCCGAGGAACCCCGUGCCGGAUUUCAAGCGGACAUGGCGCCCUAGCCCUGGAAAGCCGAGCGAGCGGAGAGAUGGGAACAGUGAAGAGCCUGGUCGAGGUCUGGAGGGAUGUGAUGGUUCUGGCGUGGUUGGGAAUGCUGGGGCUUGUACUGGUACUGGUACUGGUACUGGCACUGGUACUGGCACUGGCACUGGCACUGGCACUGGCAAAACUGGGCAUCUUUCUACUGCUACUGCUACUGCUGCUGAUGCUGACAUUGAAGGCCAAGAGAAAGGUCAAGAUGCAGGUCAAGAGAAAGCGCAAGAUGCACAUCAAGGCGAAGCUGAUUCUGGUCCCGAUCCCGAUCCAAGCAUCGAUAUCAUGCUCACCCACGGCCCACCGCACGGCAUCCUAGACCGCACUGCGACAGGACAAGACGUCGGCUGCGAAUACCUCCGCAAGGCCGUGCAGCGAUGCAGACCGCGAAUGCAUUGUUUCGGCCACAUCCACGAGGCCUGGGGCGCGGUCAGGAAGGGAUGGGUUGUCGAAGGUGCAAAGGAUCCAGGCCCAGGUCAAGAUCACCCACCACAACUAUCGCCAUCACCAUCACCAUCGCUACCACUACCAACUCCUUCCCGCAAAACCCAGAUCCGGGAGAAAUGCAACUUUCUCGACGCGACAGACCUGCAAUUCGGACACGAGACGCUCUUCGUCAACGCGAGUAUUAUGGAUUUACGGUAUAAACCGGUCAAUGCGCCGUGGCUGGUGGACUUGAUGUUGCCAGCGGCGGCGUCCGUGGGCGAGUUGUCGUCGUUGGGGUCGGGGUCGACAUCAACGUCGACGUGA